GACGCCGGUUUAUGCGACUGGAGCGUCUCCGUCUCCCUGCAAACAUACGCGGUACACCUCUGGGCAGACAUAGGGAUACUGAAAGUGGAGACUGUCAAGUUGGAGAAACGUGAGAUAUUUCCUGGGAAAAAGAAUAGUUCCCUGCUGGAUUGUCUCAUUCAUCUCUCACCUGCUGUUUUGUGGAUCCCUGGAACAGGCCACUUUUGCUGCAGAGUUCAAACACUCCUCUGGCCUUCCUGUCAUUUUGACUGUGUCCCCUGUGGACAGACUGCACAACCACAACCACAACCAUGCACUCCACCACAUCCAUCACCUCACUUUUCUCCUUCACCAGCCCGGCUGUGAAGCGCCUCCUGGGCUGGAAGCAGGGCGACGAGGAGGAGAAGUGGGCCGAGAAGGCCGUGGACUCCCUGGUCAAGAAACUCAAGAAGAAGAAAGGAGCCAUGGAGGAGCUGGAGAGAGCGUUGAGCUGCCCGGGUCAGCCCACGAAAUGUGUGACCAUUCCGCGCUCGCUGGACGGAAGGCUUCAGGUGUCGCACCGGAAGGGCCUUCCUCACGUCAUCUAUUGCCGGGUGUGGCGUUGGCCAGACCUGCAGUCUCACCACGAGCUGAAGGCCUUGGACUGCUGCGAGUUCGCCUUCGGCUCCAAGCAGAAGGACAUCUGCAUCAACCCGUACCACUAUCGACGUGUUGAAACACCAGUCUUGCCACCAGUGCUCGUGCCCCGACACAGCGAGUUCAACCCGCAGCACAGCUUACUGGCCAAGUUCCGCAACGCCUCCAUUCACAACGAGCCCCUCAUGCCCCAGAACGCCACCUACCCCGAGUCCUUUCCCACAAUGCCAUGCAACGCCUUCUCCUCCCCCUCUGGGUCGCUCACACAGUCGCCCAAUGCCGCCAGCUAUCCGGACUCUCCCAGCAGUGCCACCGACCCUGGGAGCCCCUACCACAUCACUGCAGAGACUCCGCCUCCUCCCUACUCCAUGAUGGAGACUAUCAUUCCGGAGGAUGUGAAACCGGCUGAUUCCAAUAAUCCCUGCAAGCUUGUCUUCUCUGCCCCACACAGAGACAUGCGGCCUGUGUGCUACGAGGAGCCUGAGUACUGGUGCUCCGUGGCCUACUACGAGCUGAACAACCGCGUGGGCGAGACCUUCCACGCCUCGUCCCGCAGCAUCCUGGUGGACGGCUUCACCGACCCGUCCAACAACAAGAACCGCUUCUGCCUCGGCCUGCUCUCCAACGUCAACCGCAACUCCACGAUAGAGCACACGCGCCGGCACAUAGGCAAAGGCGUCCAUCUUUACUAUGUGGGUGGAGAGGUGUAUGCGGAAUGCUUGAGUGACAGCAGCAUCUUUGUGCAGAGUCGGAACUGCAACUACCAGCACGGUUUCCAUGCGACGACUGUCUGUAAGAUCCCCAGCGGCUGCAGCCUGAAGAUCUUCAACAACCAGCUGUUUGCCCAGUUGCUCUCCCAGUCUGUCAACCACGGCUUUGAGGUGGUCUACGAGCUGACCAAGAUGUGCACCAUUCGCAUGAGCUUCGUCAAGGGUUGGGGUGCAGAGUACCACCGGCAGGAUGUCACCAGCACCCCUUGCUGGAUCGAAAUCCACCUUCAUGGGCCUUUGCAGUGGUUGGAUAAGGUCCUGACCCAAAUGGGCUCCCCGCACAAUCCGAUCUCCUCCGUGUCGUGACAAGCAAAAGUGCAGGGAGGCUGAGAAGCCAUCGGCAUUGUGUUGUUUUUAUAGCAAGCACAUUACCCUGUCUGGAGUGGAGCAUGUAGUGUGGGUAUUUGUGGUGGACACAAUCUAGGUAUUCUACAUCAAAGAGUAUUUGAAGCAUCGUAUUUCAGAACUGUAUUGCUCUCCGAGACUGAAAUACUGUUCCUCUCAAAUAAGGAAAAUGCACUAAAUUUAGGUCUGUGACCACUUCACUGUCAAAGUCCAAUUCAUGUUCAUUUCAGUUGUGAGACAGCAAAUGUUUAACUGGCUGAUAUUCCAAAACAGUUGUAGAAUAGCUUUUGAAAAGCUUUGUUUUAUUUUUUAAAGAAUUUUUACUUCUGGCUUGAAAUUUCUGUAUGUGCAAUGCAGUCAAUGAACACUCCAAGAGCCUGGAGAUGUAUGGGAUCAUUACAUAGGUACUAAAACUCCUGGUAUUCUGUUACGUAGAUGGUGCUUGUGUUGGUUACUGAACUGCAACCUGUGUAACAUUUCAUGUAUAUGUUUUGCUGGAUUGUUUUUAAUAUAUAAAGUUAAUUUCUUCAACUGA